AUGUCGCACGUUCAAAAGUGGUGGAAAGAAGGUGUUGUGUACCAGGUCAGUGCCUCAACCCCACAAUGCUGCACUUGCUGCCCUCUUUGGUCUCUCGCCCCCGCUGCCGCCUUGACCCCGCCCCCACUCGACCUCAGGUCGGUCGUCGACACGUCUGGCGCGCGACACAAGGCGAGACGAGCUGCCGAUGGCACGACAUCAGAAGCACAGUCAAUGGCUCUGAAGCUACUUUGCUGCUCGUGUGAUUGAAGAUACAAGUCGAGCGGGAUCCCAGCACUGCCGCAUGCACCUCGGACUAACUCGACGAUGAGACCUCCGCGGCGUGGCCCCCCGCGCAGAUUUACCCGCGAUCGUUCGCGUCAGCUCGCGGUCAAGCCUCGGGCGACAUCAAGGGCAUCAUCACAAAGUUGGACUACCUCAAGGGACUCGGCGUCGACAUCAUCUGGGUCUCGCCCUUUUACAAGUCGUACGUUGCGUUGUCUGGCUAUGCACGCUGGUCUGCGACGUGUCGUCGUGGAGGCGGAGAUGGGGAGGAUGACCACCCAUGUUCGCACCCACCCGUCGUCAGCUCCACACGCCACUUUCUUUAGCCGAGGCUAUGUCCAUAACCGCUCUACUCCUCCGGGAAUGAAUAGCUGAACGUGAUCCCACGCCGACUCUCGAAACAGACCUCAACACGACAAUGGUUACGAUAUUCAGGUCAGUAGCACCCUUGCUCUCCCCUGUCCCGCUCGGUCAAUCUGCUAAUAUGCACCGUUUGGCUUCACUUUUUCAUCAUCACCUGGAAUUAGGACUACCAAGACAUCCAUGAACCUUAUGGCAAGGUCUCUGACAUUGAGGAUCUCAUCGCGGGCUGCCACAAGCGAGGCAUGAAGGUGUGAGUGAAGAUCACCCCCUAUAUCAUCGACCAAGUCUCCAUUACUCCCUGUGUCUUGCUCUUUCGCUCACACCCAAUCCCUCUCGCACGACGAUAUAUGCGCAGGCUUUUUGAUCUGGUCAUCAAUCACACCUCCCAUCUGCACGAGUGGUUCCAAGAAUCUCGGUCGAGCAAGGACAACCCUAAGCGCGACUGGUACAUCUGGCGCCCGGCCAAGUACGAUGCCGAUGGUGUUCGCCACCCGCCUUGCAACUGGAGGGGAUGCUUUGGUGGAUCGGUGUGGGAGUGGGACGAAAAGACCGAGGAGGUCAGUCUGCCACCUGCCACCUGCCAACGUGGGGUCCGCUGGUUCGGAGUAGCGGCCGAGCAAAAAACCGUGUCUUUUUUCGAGAUCUUCGAGGCUCACUCUCCGAGGUGUUCCCGUCUUACAGUAUUACCUCCACUACUUCGUUCCCGAGCAACCCGACGUCAAUUGGGAGAACCCGACUCUACGAAAGGCGCUGUAUGAGAACGCGAUCAAGUUCUGGCUCGACAGGGGCUGCGAUGGGUUCCGAAUCGACACCGCCAACAUGGUGAGUCUGACCCUGCAGGCUAUGCGUUGCCCCAGAGAUGCCAAGAGCUGCUUCAGAUCGCAUGAAUCCUGACUCGUUGGUUCUCACAGUACUCCAAAUUCAUCGAGUUCCCCGAUGCGCCGGUCGUGGACCCCACUACUCCGUGGCAACCUGCUCCCCAUUACUUCUCCAACGGACCCCGGCUGCACGAGUUCCUCAAGGAGAUGUACGAAGAGACGUUCUCUAAAUAUGAGUGAGUGCCCACCGUGACGGUGCGUUAUCACUUUGGAUCUGGUGCAUCUGAGCUGAUUUCACUCGUUCUCUUUUGUCAGCUGCACCUCGAUUGGAGAGCUGCCCAGCACCCCUUUGAUCCCCGACAUCCUGAAGUUUGUCGCCGCCGAUGCCAAAGAGUUCAACAUGGUCAUCCAAUUUGAUCUCGCCGAUCUCGACCACGGCAAAGGUCGCUUUAACCUCAUGUACCACGACUGGCCCUUGACCAAAUUCAAGGAGAUCACCGCCAACUACCAGCAGUUGACCGAUGCGAAGUACGAUGCGUGGGCCGUGACCUACCUCGAGAACCACGAUCAAGCGCGCAGUAUCCCCCGCUACGCUUCGGAUGCACCUGAACACCGCGAGAACUCCGCCAAGUUGCUUGCGACGUUCCUGCUCACCGUCUCGGGCACGCCCAUUAUCUACCAAGGAGGUUAGUAGUCCCAUACGAGGCAUCCUCAAGCGAUCGGCUCGUUGUGCUGACAACUGUGACUUCAUUUCCGUCCCUACAGAGGAAAUCGGCAUGAUCAAUUGCCCCAAGUCGUGGGACAUCGACGCCGAUUACAAGGACAUCGGUACGAUCAACCAGUGGACCGAGAUGAAGCAAGCCGCGGAGGAGAGCAAGGACUCCAAGCUGGUCGAGGAAGGCAAGCGCUCGAUCCAGCUCACGAGCCGAGACCACGCCCGCACGCCGAUGCACUGGAACGCGGAGAAGCAGGCCGGUUUUACGACUGCCGACGAGACUUGGAUGCGUGUGAUGGACUCGUACAAAGAGAUCAACGUCGCGGCGCAAGAGGGCGUCGCGACCUCGCCGCUCGAGUACUACCGCAAGCUGAUUGCGUACCGCAAGCAGCACAAGGACCUGUUCGUGUACGGCCACUUUGAGUUACUCGAUAAGGCCAACGAAAAGACGAUCCUCUACACCAAGCGCUCCGCUAAUGGCCAGGUCGCGUUCGUCGCGCUCAACUUUACCGCUGAGGAGCAGUCGUUCGAGUUGCCGUCCGAUGUCAAGGGCGAAUUUGAGCUCGUCGAAUCGCUCAAGUUCGGUACUGGCAAGCGUGGUUUCCUUGGGGCUUACGAGGCGCAGAUCUACGUUACCAAGUGA